CGAGCGUCAUGUGACAUAAAGGCGGAAGCUAAACAAAGUAGCAUAAAAUCCAGGACAGACGGUUCCAAAUAUUUUUCGUCAUUUGUUAUCUGUGCGUACAGCAUAUUAGUACAUGGUGAGUCAUGUCUUCAAGCCAUGCAAAGGAGUCCAGCUUUUUGGGAGGCAGGAUACCACCAGAAAUCGAGUCAAUGUCGAAAAACCUGAAGGAUGUGGACCAAGAGUUGUUCAGAAAAAUACUGAAAGCGGUGGUCAGUGCCCUGGAGGGGAAGGACUGCAGAGAGGUGAUGAAGACGAUAGCAGAGAGCAGCACCAUCCCCCAGGAGAGGCUCAGUCACAUCGUCGCUGGGAUGUACAGAUUGCUGUCUGAGGCCACCCGCAUCCCCACAGCAUCACUUAAACAGGAGGCCUUCAAAGAAGAUCUCCGAGAACUGAGGAUACCUGAAGACUUCAUCACAGAUUUCUCCAGUGUGGUUUUUGGUAGUCGACGGGCAGCUUUAGAGGCAGCCACCUCCCAGAAUGAUCCUCACCUCCCCAAAGUAGAAGCCUUUAAAUGGAGAGUGGAUGUUACUAUUUCUACAAGCUCUUUAGCCAGGGCCCUGCAGCCUUCAGUUCUGAUGCAGAUGAAACUAUCAGACGGGAGCUUUCACCGCUUUGAGGUGCCUGUGUCUAAAUUCCAUGAUCUCCGUUACAACGUGGCUCUAAUUCUCAAAGAGAUGAACGAUCUGGAGAAGAGGAGCAUUCUCAAAAUCCAAGACUGAUUUAUUUAAACUGUCCUCACUGCUUAGUUUUUCAUAUUCAGUGGAUUUUUGUAAAUUGCACCAAAUGCCGCUCAUUUGAAAUAUGUUAUGAAAGAUAAAAAUAAUCUGCCUGUCAUGACGUUAUGAUUUGAUGGUGUUGGCAUCCAACAUACUUGACUGUUAACAAUUUGCAAAAUAAUACGAAUAGUCAGCCAGCUGGCUGCACCACAGGAGUACCUAAUGACCAGACUGAAGACUCAAGACAGUGUCCUGUGUCGCAGCCUAUAUUUAGCACCAAACCUAUACAUUCAGACUGUAUCACUCUUUCAGUUCCUCUGUAAACUGUAUAGAUUGGCAGCAUUCAGUUCAGUGGUUGUUGGGAGACAGCUGCAAAUCCUCCAUUGUGCCAAAACUCAAAUGCAGUCAAGUGAGCACUCAGGCGCUCACUUAUUAAGUGGCCACUUUAACUGGUGUCAUGUGAUCUGGUCUGUUGUUUGAGAGUGAAUGCUUCUGAAUCAUGGGGAUGUGCAAGUCAAAGAAUGCACAGGGUGAUUCUUUUUUUUCCUCUCAUGUUUUUAUACAUGUAAUUCAAACCAGUGACACAACAAUGUGUUUAUUGUUUGGGUUGUAGCACUGUUGUAUUAAAGUUAAUAUGAUGAUUUGUC